AUGUUGGUUGCUCUUAAACGAUCAUGUGCUUGGUUAUUGACUUUUAAUCUGAAUGCCAUUUUGCGGCCAAAUGUUGAUUUACUGAUUAGCGAAGGGAUUUCUGCUACUAGGAUAUCGAGAUUAUUGGUAAUACAGCCUAGAGUUAUCUUGCAAAGCCAUGGCAGAAUGGUUUAUGCGGUUAAAACUGUUAAAGAAAUAGGUCUUGAACCCAAAGAGCCUAAGUUUAUAGAUGCUCUUAGGGUGAUUUGUUCAUUUAGCAAGUCCAAUUGGGAGAAAAAAGUCAAGACUUUUAUGAGUCUGGGAUGGAGUAAAGAGGAAGUGUUUAAUAGUUUAAGGAAAGACCCUAUCUCUUUAACAUGUUCUGAGAAGAAACUUAGGUAUUUGAUGGAUUUUUAUGUGAAUACUAUGAAGUUGGAUGCCAAGACUAUCAUUGCGUACCCCAAAUUGCUUCUCUAUUCAGUUGAUAGGAUUCUGGCAAGGUAUGAAGUUUUCAAGGUUUUGGAGUCAAUGAAGCUGAUCAAAGAGGACAAGAAGAUUGUUUGGGAAAUACCACUGUCUGAAAAGGAAUUUUUGGAGAAAUAUAUUACUAAGAACAAGGACAAAGUUCCUGGUUUGUUGGAUAUGUACCAACAGGCUCUUAAGAAGAACAAGGACAAAGUUCCUGGUUUGACUGGUUCCUAA